AUGAUGACGUGCCGUCUGCUGUGCGCCCUGUUGGUGCUUGCUUUGUGCUGCUGCCCGUCCGUUUGCGUGACAGCGAAUGAAGUUAAUGGUGCCCCAAGAACUGACCACGCUGUGCCAAAGGUACCAGAGGUACCGGAACCAGGCA